CCGCUUCUGUCUGCUCCUCACAAGACCAGUUUUUGUUUCCCCGAAGAAAACUUCUUGCCUAACAUCGAAAGCAAACCCAACCGACACAAUGGUUCAUUGGGAAGAUACUGAGCUGAACGCCAUCGCUACCACCUGGGGGCACGUGAACCAGGAGGAGAUUGGGCACGAGGCUCUGGUCAGGCUCCUGGUGGUCUACCCCUGGACUCAGAGGUAUUUCAAGAAAUUUGGAAACCUCGGCAACGCCGCUGCCAUCGCUGGUAACGCCAGUGUCCGCCAACAUGGCAAGACUGUGUUGGGCGCCGUCGACCAGGCCGUUCACGAUCUGGCUCAUGUGGACCAGCACUUCUCAGCUCUGAGCAAACUGCACUCUGACACCCUCCAUGUGGACCCCCACAACUUCAAGCUCCUGGGCAACUGCAUAGAAAUUGCUUUGGCCCAACACUUCCCUGGAGAAAUCACCCCAUCUGUCCAGGGUGCCUGGCAUAAGGCUCUGGAAGUGAUCUCCUCUGCCCUCAGCAAGAGAUACCACUAAGAUGCUUGGCAGCAGAGAAUGAGGAGAGCGGGCACCAGCAGCAAAUUCCUUUAUCUUUACUUCUGACCAUCCUCAUGUAGUUGUGACUGGCAGGGGAAAAAUAAAUAAAAAGUAUGCAUUCUUU